AGCUGCAAGCUGGGAGAGUCCUCUCAGAUGUUCGGAUGAACGUCUCUGAUUCCUGCUGAGAGAGAACAUCAACCUGCAGAGACUUCAGUCCAGGACAUUCAGGUUGUUUCACAGCUCUGCCUCCUUCAGCCCGCCUCAGUGAGAAGACGAUCCAGAGCUUCGUUCUGCACGGCUGCUUCCUGCAAAGCAUCAGACGGCUGCAGUCAGAGGAGCAAACCUUGAAAGUCCAGCACCUUCAACCCCUACAUCCAGCAUCCUUCUUCCUGGACUUUGGAACAACUGGAGCAUCUGAGGAAUUACUUCUACCCUCAGACUCAUAACGAAACUAAAAGGUCAUAAUGGAGUCCAUCAGUCAGAACUCUGAAGUAAAGGAAAAUGGAUACAAUGUCCAUGAACCUGUUGCAGGCAUAUUUCUGGAGAAGACAGGGGAGAAGAUUACAAUUUAUCAGGCAAUGAAAAAGCGUUUGCUUAAACCAGGAACGGCAUUAGCGUUGCUUGAAGCACAAGCUGCCACAGUGGGCAUCAUAGAUCCAAUAGGCAAUCGUAUACUUCCUGUUGCAGACGCUGUUAAAGAGGGAGUAGUUGGUUCAGAAAUGAGGGAGAAACUCCUUACCGCAGAGAAAGCCAUUAGUGGGUACAUGGACCCCUACACCAAUCAAAUUAUAUCUGUGUACCAGGCUAUGCAAAAGGAUUUAGUUCCCAGAGAUUAUGGUUUGAGACUACUGGAAGCACAGAUAGCCACCAAGGGUAUAUUUGACCCAGUAGAGAAGACAAGCAUCUCAACUGAGGCUGCGAUCCAAAAAGGCCUUUAUGAAAAGGGUUUGAUCAGUAACCAGAUGUCAGAGCUGAAAGUGUUUUACAAUCCAAGCACGCAAGAAAAUCUCAACUACCAAAGCCUUCUGGAAACAUGCACUGUGGCGCCAGACACCGGCUUGUUGCUACUUCCUGUCUGCAUUGCCUUCAAGGGUUUGCGCAAAGGCAUUUCCUCCAGUGAACUGUUUGAGUCAAAGAUCAUUGACAAAGAAACGUAUGAAGACUUGCAAACGGGGAAGACCACAGCGCAGGAUGUGAUGUUGAUGGAAACUGUGAAAGAAUACCUGGAAGGCAAAGGCAGUAUAGCAGGCAUUGCUGAUCUCUCGACCAAUCAGAGAAUGAGUAUUUAUCAAGCCAUGACUCAAGGAAUACUGAUGCCAGGUACAGCUCUUAUUCUGCUGGAAGCACAGGCAGCUACUGGGUUUAUGAUUGAUCCUGUGCAAAACAAAAAGUACACAGUGGAUGAAGCUAUUAAGCAUAAACUUGUUGGCCCAGAAUUUCACUUAAAGCUGCUUUCUGCUGAGCGAGCGGUGACUGGAUACAAAGAUCCAUAUUCAGGGGAGACUGUAUCCCUGUUUCAAGCAAUGUCAAAAGACCUCAUCGUCAAGGAACAUGGGAUCCGGCUACUGGAAGCACAAAUUGCUACAGGUGGAAUAAUCGAUCCAAUCAACAGCCACAGGCUUCCCACACAAGUGGCCUUCAAGAGAGGCUAUUUUGAUGCAGGAUUAAAUAAGAUACUUGAAGAUGAAGGAGAUGAUACAAAAGGAUUUUUUGACCCAAACACAAAAGACAAUCUAACAUACCUUCAGCUGAUCGAAAGGUGCGUCACCGAUCCUGGCACUGGGUUGUGCCUUCUUCCUCUACAAGACAAAUCAGGCACAUUGAAUUCCAGCUUUAUUGACUACAAAACAAAAAAUGUCUUCAAAACUGAGAAAGUCAAAGUGACAUGUGGGAAGUACAUGGGAAUGACAGUAUCUCUGUGGGAACUACUAAUGUCAGAGUACUUCGAUGAACACCAGAGGCAAGAUAUAGUUCAGAAACACAGGGAAGGGAAAUUAAGUAUCAGUGCCAUCAUUACGAUGGUUUUAAAAACCAUAGAAACAUCUGUGAAAACAACAAAAACCUUAUUUGAGGGCAUUAGAGAAACUGUCACUGCCAAGCAGCUUGUUGAAGCAGAAAUCAUCAGUGAGGAAGUGCUGGAGGAUCUGGAAAAGGGGAAAAAGUCAGUAAAGGAUGUAAUAGAGGAUGAAAAUGUAAACAUUUACUUGCAGGGAAAAGACAGCAUUGCAGGUAUUCUGCUUCCAGAUUCCCAAAUUAUGACCAUCUACCAAGCAAGACAAAAAGGAAAGCUGAUGCCAGGAACUGCUCUGGUUCUACUGGAGGCUCAGGCAGCGACUGGUUUCAUUGUUGACCCUAUUGGAAACAGGAGGUUUUCAGUGGAUGAUGCUGUCAAAGCCAAAAUUGUGGGACCUGAUCUCUGUCAGAAGCUGCGUUCAGCAGAGAGAGCGGUCACUGGGUAUAAAGAUCCAUAUGACGGCAAAAUAAUCUCCUUGUUCCAAGCAAUGCAAAAGGACCUGAUCCUGCAAGACCAUGGAAUUCGGCUUCUGGAGGCACAGAUUGCCACCGGCGGUAUCAUUGACCCAGUGAACAGCCAUCGCAUCCCCGUCCAUGUGGCGUAUAAGAGGGGUUACUUCAAUGAGGAGAUGAAUCAGAUUUUGAGUGAUCCAAGUGAUGACACCAAGGGUUUCUUUGACCCCAACACCCAAGAGAACCUGACAUACUUGCAGCUCAUGGCCAGGUGUGUGAAAGAUCCCAGUACAGGGCUGUGCCUCUUGCCUCUGAAAAGCAAGAGCAGCAAAAGAAUUGUUGACGACAACAUGAAGGAAAUUUUCCAAAGGACAACAAUUGCUGUAAGGUACGGCAGAUUAAAGGGCAACACCACUCUAUGGGAAGCAAUUAAUUCAGAAUAUCUGUCUGAGGACAAACGACAGGAGUUUUUAAAACUUUUCAGGUCCCGGAAAAUCACCAUAGAGCAGCUGACAGUGCUCAUUAUAGAGAUCAUUGAGAGCAAGGAGAUAAAGCAGCAAGCAGAGCUGAGCUUUAAAGGUCUCAGAGGAGAGGUCUCUGUUGUGGAUCUUUUGGAUCUUGAAAUUGUGGAUAAAAAAACAUACAAAAGUUUAAUUGAUGGUAACAUGUCAAAUACUGAUGUAAUGAAAAUGGACGGUGUCAGAGCCUACCUACAAGGGACAAGCUGUGUAGCAGGACUGAUCCUGCAACCCUCCAAUAAGAAGCUAAGCAUCUAUGAGGGCCAGCAAAGGGGCAUCCUCACUCCAGGAACUGCCCUUUGUCUCCUUGAAGCACAGGCAGCUACAGGAUUCAUUGUAGAUCCUCUAAAAAACCAAAAACUUACAGUGGAAGAAGCACUAAGAGAAAAGGUCAUUGGUCCACAAACGUACGAAAAGCUUUUGUCAGCAGAGAGGGCUGUUACCGGUUACAAAGACCCAUACACAGGUCAAAAGAUCUCGCUAUUCCAAGCCUUGAAAAAGGACCUUAUUGUCAAGCAGCAUGGUAUUCGUCUACUAGAAGCCCAGAUUGCCACUGGUGGCAUCAUUGAUCCAGUGAAGGGCCUUCAUCUGCCUCUAGAGGUUGCAUACAGAAAAGGCUAUUUUGAUGCAGAACUCAAUCAAAUCUUAAUAGACCCCACUGAUGACACAAAGGGCUUUUUCGACCCAGUGACUCAAGAAAACCUGACAUACAUGGAAAUGUUGAACAGAUGUGUGAAAGACAGAGAUACUGGACUCCUCCUCUUGCCGCUGAAUGACACACCAAAGACGACAACAAAAACAGACAAAACAUACACUGAAGUGGAAAUAAGGCAAGAGUUUCAAAAGACAUUUGUAAGCGUAAGUGUGGGACGGUUUUCAGGAAAAUCCGUUUCUCUCUGGGACCUGAUUCACUCGUGUUACUUCACUGAAGAUCAGCAACUGGAAUUCAUUGAAAAAGUCAAACUAAGGCAGAUCAACACCCAAACAAUAAUAACAUUGGUGCUUUCUACAAUUGAGAAACUGGAAAAUGAAACCCCCAAAGUGACAAUGGGCCUGAGAAAGGAAGUAUCUGCGCAACAACUACUGGAUUCUGAUAUCAUUGACUUAGCCACAUUCAAAAAGGUUAAAGAAGGAAAACUCAAUUUUGAUGAAUUAAGCAAAAAUGGGUCUGUUACAAGAUACCUAAGGGGAACUGAAAGCAUAGCUGGAAUCAAAAUAUAUCCAAAACAAAAUGUUAUGAGCAUUUAUGAAGCGAAACAGGAAGCUCUUUUGACUCCCGGCAUUGCCCUGGUACUGCUUAAAGCACAGGCUGCUACAGGAUGGGUGACUGAUCCUGUGAACAAUAAGUUCUAUUCAGUCGAUGAAGCUGCAAAAGAGAAGGUAAUUGGACCAGAUGUCCAUGAACAACUGCUUUCAGCCGAGCGUGCUGUCACUGGCUAUAAAGAUCCUUACACAGGUAGCAAUAUAUCCCUGUUUGAAGCAAUGAAAGAAACACUGAUUGAAAGAACUGAAGGUCUCCAGCUUCUUGACACACAGAUGGCAACUGGAGGAAUUAUUGACCCAAAUCAAAGCCACAGGCUACCUCCUCAUGUUGCUAUUAAAAAAGGAUACCUUGAUGAAGAAACUCACAAAAUCCUGUUAAACCCAAGUGAUGAUGCAAAAGGUUUCUUUGACCCUAAUACCAAUGAAAAUUUGUCCUACCUGCAGCUGAUGACUCGAUGUGAAAGAGAUUCAAAAACCGGGCUACUUCUUCUGCCACUGCACAACGAGGAGUCCAGGGUGUUUCACACACAUGAGCAGGUGGAGCUUGCCUUCAAGAACAAAACUAUUUCCCUGAAUGUGGGAAAAUUUAAGAACAAGGAAGUAACCGUGUGGGAGGUGUUACUUUCUGAAUACAUCUCAAAAGAGAAGAGAGAGCAGCUGAUAGAACAGUACAAAACAGGAGCUUUGAAAUUAGAGGAAAUAAUUGAAAUCCUCAAAGUUAACAUCACAGAGUUAUCUACGAAAGAAAGAAAAUUUAAAGGAUUAAGAAAACAAGUCUCAGCAAGUGAGUUGUUUGAGUCAAAGAUUAUCUCAAAAGAACUUUUCACCGAAAUUAUACAAGGAAAAGUGAGUGAGGACAAUGUGUCGGAAAUGGAGUCAAUUCAGAAGUACCUUGGAGCUACAAACUGUAUAGCAGGUGUAAGGGUUGAAUCUACAAAGAAAGUUAUGAGCAUUUACGAAGCUAAAAGCCGAGGUCUGCUUACUCCAGGAACUUCUCUGGUCCUACUGGAAGCCCAAGCUGCCACUGGCUUUGUCAUUGACCCCGUAAACAACAAGAAACUUUCUGUAGAGGAAGCUGUUGCUCAAGGAGUGGUCGGCACAGAGUGGAAGAAAAAACUCCUUUCAGCAGAAAGAGCAGUUACAGGAUACAAAGAUCCAUACACAGGAAAUACAAUUUCAUUGUUCCAGGCCUUGAAGAAAGAUCUAAUUGUGAAGGACCAUGGAAUCCGUCUACUUGAAGCGCAAAUUGCUACCGGAGGAAUAAUUGAUCCAGUCCACAGUCACAGAGUGCCAGUCCAGGUGGCAUACCAAAGAGGUUACUUUGAUGAGGAGAUGAACCAGAUUUUAUCUGACCCAGAUGACGACACCAAGGGAUUCUUUGACCCCAACACUAAAGACAACCUUACAUACCUGCAGCUGAUUGAAAGGUGUGUAAAAGAUCCAGUUACAGACCUAAACCUACUGUCGAUAGUAAAAAAAGGAGAGUUCUACUUCUUUGUUGAUGAGGCCACAAAGCUCAUGCUGAAGUCUACAACAACAACCAAAGCUGGAGGGAAAUACAAAGGGACCACAGUUUCUCUAUGGGAUUUGCUAUACUCCAAAUACAUCACUGAGGAAAAGAGGAGAGACCUUGUCAAACAGUUCAAAGCUGGAACUCUCACCAUUGAACGCUUUUUGGAAAUCGUCUUGACCAUCAUUCAGCAGCAAACCACAACAACCACUGUCACCACCACCACCAUCACAAAGACAACUGAAGACAAAACAGUUAAAGGUAUUAGAAAGGAUGUCACUAUAUCUGAGCUAGUUGCAUCAGAAAUCAUUGAUCAGAAACUCUUGAAUGAUAUUAGUGCUGGAAAUGUCACAGUGGCUGAAGUCAGUGAAAUGGACUCAGUACGUAAAUACCUUGAAGGGACCAACAGCAUUGCAGGAGUGUACAUCCAGUCCACAAAGGAGACGCUGAGUAUCUAUCAAGCAAAAAGCAGAGGUUUACUGACUCCUGGUACCUCUCUGGUUCUGCUGGAAGCCCAAGCUGCCACUGGCUUUGUCAUUGACCCCGUAAACAACAAGAAACUUUCUGUAGAGCAAGCAGUAGCUGAGAAACUGGUCGGCACAGAGUGGAAAGACAAACUCCUUUCAGCAGAAAGAGCAGUUACAGGAUACAAAGAUCCCUACACCGGAAACACAAUUUCAUUGUUCCAGGCCUUGAAGAAAGAUCUAAUUGUGAAGGACCAUGGAAUCCGUCUACUUGAAGCGCAAAUUGCUACCGGAGGAAUAAUUGAUCCAGUCCACAGUCAUAGAGUGCCAGUCCAGGUGGCAUACCAAAGAGGUUACUUUGAUGAGGAGAUGAACCAGAUUUUAUCUGACCCAGAUGAUGACACCAAGGGAUUCUUUGACCCCAACACCAAGGAGAACCUUACCUACCUGCAGCUGAUUGAAAGGUGCAUUACAGAUCCUGUCACAGGUCUCAGUUUGUUGGUCAUUGUGAAGAAAGGAGAGUUCUACUUCUUUGUUGAUGAGGCCACAAAGCUCAUGCUGAAGUCUACAACAACAACCAAAGCUGGAGGGAAAUACAAAGGGACCACAGUUUCUCUGUGGGAUUUGCUAUACUCCAAAUACAUCACUGAGGAAAAGAGGAGAGACCUUGUCCAACAGUUCAAAGCUGGAACUCUCACCAUUGAACGCUUUUUGGAAAUCGUCUUGACCAUCAUUCAGCAGCAAACCACAACAACCACUGUCACCACCACCACCAUCACAAAGACAACUGAAGACAAAACAGUCAAGGGUAUUAGAAAGGAUGUCACUAUAUCUGAGCUAGUUGCAUCAGAAAUCAUUGACCAGAAACUCUUGAAUGAUAUUAGUGCUGGAAAUGUCACAGUGGCUGAAGUCAGUAAAAUGGACUCAGUACGUAAAUACCUUGAAGGGACCAACAGUAUUGCAGGAGUGUACAUCCAGUCCACAAAGGAGACGCUGAGUAUCUAUCAAGCAAAAAGCAGAGGUUUACUGACUCCUGGUACCUCUCUGGUUCUGCUGGAAGCCCAAGCUGCCACUGGCUUUGUCAUUGACCCCGUAAACAACAAGAAACUUUCUGUAGAGCAAGCAGUAGCUGAGAAACUGGUCGGCACAGAGUGGAAAGACAAACUCCUUUCAGCAGAAAGAGCAGUUACAGGAUACAAAGAUCCCUACACCGGAAACACAAUUUCAUUGUUCCAGGCCUUGAAGAAAGAUCUAAUUGUGAAGGACCAUGGAAUCCGUCUACUUGAAGCGCAAAUUGCUACCGGAGGAAUAAUUGAUCCAGUCCACAGUCAUAGAGUGCCAGUCCAGGUGGCAUACCAAAGAGGUUACUUUGAUGAGGAGAUGAACCAGAUUUUAUCUGACCCAGAUGAUGACACCAAGGGAUUCUUUGACCCCAACACCAAGGAGAACCUUACCUACCUGCAGCUGAUUGAAAGGUGCAUUACAGAUCCUGUCACAGGUCUCAGUUUGUUGGUCAUUGUGAAGAAAGGAGAGUUCUACUUCUUUGUUGAUGAGGCCACAAAGCUCAUGCUGAAGUCUACAACAACAACCAAAGCUGGAGGGAAAUACAAAGGGACCACAGUUUCUCUGUGGGAUUUGCUAUACUCCAAAUACAUCACUGAGGAAAAGAGGAGAGACCUUGUCCAACAGUUCAAAGCUGGAACUCUCACCAUUGAACGCUUUUUGGAAAUCGUCUUGACCAUCAUUCAGCAGCAAACCACAACAACCACUGUCACCACCACCACCAUCACAAAGACAACUGAAGACAAAACAGUCAAGGGUAUUAGAAAGGAUGUCACUAUAUCUGAGCUAGUUGAAUCAAAAAUCAUUGAUGAAAAACUCUUGAAUGAUAUUAGUGCUGGAAAUGUCACAGUGGCUGAAGUCAGUAAAAUGGACUCAGUACGUAAAUACCUUGAAGGGACCAACAGUAUUGCAGGAGUGUACAUCCAGUCCACAAAGGAGACGCUGAGUAUCUAUCAAGCAAAAAGCCGAGGUCUACUGACUCCUGGUACCUCUCUGGUUCUGCUGGAAGCCCAAGCUGCCACUGGCUUUGUCAUUGACCCCGUAAACAACAAGAAACUUUCUGUAGAGCAAGCAGUAGCUGAGAAACUGGUCGGCACAGAGUGGAAAGACAAACUCCUUUCAGCAGAAAGAGCAGUUACAGGAUACAAAGAUCCCUACACCGAAAACACAAUUUCAUUGUUCCAGGCCUUGAAGAAAGAUCUAAUUGUGAAGGACCAUGGAAUCCGUCUCCUUGAAGCGCAAAUUGCUACCGGAGGAAUAAUUGAUCCAGUCCACAGUCACAGAGUGCCAGUCCAGGUGGCAUACCAAAGAGGUUACUUUGAUGAGGAGAUGAACCAGAUUUUAUCUGACCCAGAUGAUGACACCAAGGGAUUCUUUGACCCCAACACCAAGGAGAACCUUACCUACCUGCAGCUGAUUGAAAGGUGCAUUACAGAUCCUGUCACAGGUCUCAGUUUACUGGUCAUUGUGAAGAAAGGAGAGUUCUACUUCUUUGUUGAUGAGAACACAAAACUCAUGCUGAAGUCUACAACAACAACCAAAGCUGAAGGGAAAUACAAAGGGACCACAGUUUCUCUAUGGGAUUUGCUAUACUCCAAAUACAUCACUGAGGAAAAGAGGAGAGACCUUGUCCAACAGUUCAAAGCUGGAACUCUCACCAUUGAACGCUUUUUGGAAAUCGUCUUGACCAUCAUUCAGCAGCAAACCACAACAACCACUGUCACCACCACCACCAUCACAAAGACAACUGAAGACAAAACAGUAAAGGGCAUUAGAAAGGAUGUCACUAUAUCUGAGCUAGUUGCAUCAGAAAUCAUUGACCAGAAACUCUUGAAUGAUAUUAGUGCUGGAAAUGUCACAGUGGAUGAAGUCAGUAAAAUGGACUCAGUACGUAAAUACCUUGAAGGGACCAACAGCAUUGCAGGAGUGUACAUCCAGUCCACAAAGGAGACGCUGAGUAUCUAUCAAGCAAAAAGCCGAGGUUUACUGACUCCUGGUACCUCUCUGGUUCUGCUGGAAGCCCAAGCUGCCACUGGCUUUGUCAUUGACCCCGUAAACAACAAGAAACUUUCUGUAGAGCAAGCAGUAGCUGAGAAACUGGUCGGCACAGAGUGGAAAGACAAACUCCUUUCAGCAGAAAGAGCAGUUACAGGAUACAAAGAUCCCUACACCGAAAACACAAUUUCAUUGUUCCAGGCCUUGAAGAAAGAUCUAAUUGUGAAGGACCAUGGAAUCCGUCUACUUGAAGCGCAAAUUGCUACCGGAGGAAUAAUUGAUCCAGUCCACAGUCACAGAGUGCCAGUCCAGGUGGCAUACCAAAGAGGUUACUUUGAUGAGGAGAUGAACCAGAUUUUAUCUGACCCAGAUGACGACACCAAGGGAUUCUUUGACCCCAACACCAAGGAGAACCUUACCUACCUGCAGCUGAUUGAAAGGUGCAUUACAGAUCCUGUCACAGGUCUCAGUUUACUGGUCAUUGUGAAGAAAGGAGAGUUCUACUUCUUUGUUGAUGAGGCCACAAAGCUCAUGCUGAAGUCUACAACAACAACCAAAGCUGGAGGGAAAUACAAAGGGACCACAGUUUCUCUGUGGGAUUUGCUAUACUCCAAAUACAUCACUGAGGAAAAGAGGAGAGACCUUGUCCAACAGUUCAAAGCUGGAACUCUCACCAUUGAACGCUUUUUGGAAAUCGUCUUGACCAUCAUUCAGCAGCAAACCACAACAACCACUGUCACCACCACCACCAUCACAAAGACAACUGAAGACAAAACAGUCAAGGGCAUUAGAAAGGAUGUCACUAUAUCUGAGCUAGUUGCAUCAGAAAUCAUUGACCAGAAACUCUUCAAGGAAAUUAGUGCUGGAAAUGUCACAGUGGCUGAAGUCAGUAAAAUGGACUCAGUACGUAAAUACCUUGAAGGGACCAACAGUAUUGCAGGAGUGUACAUCCAGUCCACAAAGGAGACGCUGAGUAUCUAUCAAGCAAAAAGCCGAGGUUUACUGACUCCUGGUACCUCUUUGGUUCUGCUGGAAGCCCAAGCUGCCACUGGCUUUGUCAUUGACCCCGUAAACAACAAGAAACUUUCUGUAGAGCAAGCAGUAGCUGAGAAACUGGUCGGCACAGAGUGGAAAGACAAACUCCUUUCAGCAGAAAGAGCAGUUACAGGAUACAAAGAUCCAUACACCGGAAACACAAUUUCAUUGUUCCAGGCCUUGAAGAAAGAUCUAAUUGUGAAGGACCAUGGAAUCCGUCUACUUGAAGCGCAAAUUGCUACCGGAGGAAUAAUUGAUCCAGUCCACAGUCACAGAGUGCCAGUCCAGGUGGCAUACCAAAGAGGUUACUUUGAUGAGGAGAUGAACCAGAUUUUAUCUGACCCAGAUGACGACACCAAGGGAUUCUUUGACCCCAACACCAAGGAGAACCUUACCUACCUGCAGCUGAUUGAAAGGUGCAUUACAGAUCCUGUCACAGGUCUCAGUUUGCUAUCAUUGGCUAAGUAAAUUCAGCAAGGCUUAAGACGUGUCUAUAUAAUUAGUGAUGCUUCACCAAACCUGGAAUGUAAACUAACACUCUGCUAGGAUUAAAUUCCUUUCAUUCUUUGUCAUAAACUACAGCUUUGAUCUAGAUGUGCUUAUCACAUGCUUUAGAACAACGCAACCUUUUAUAUGUACUUUAAUGCCAAAGAUAAACUUAAAAGGUGUUUUUUAUAACCAGAUUCUCAUCUCUGUUGACAUUUUUGAUCUACUUUGCUGUUGAAGCAAUAAUUAUGCUUCAACUUAUGUUGUCACCAGAUGGUGCUGUUUGCAUAAAAUCUUUUUCUGCAGUUUCUAUGGGUUCAAAUGUGAUUUUGUUGUGGAUGUAGUUGCACAAGGAGAACACUUUUCUUUGUUUCAUGAGGCUUAAUAAACUGGUGCAAUUUA